GUUCUUUUCUGAUCCUACAUGGAUGGCAGUCGUCAUGAGUCCGAAUUUGGCGAGGAUGUUCGACGAAAGACUCAAACGUAUCGUAGAGGAAAGUUACGAAGUCGCCUUUAUAUUGUGUAACAAAGAAAUGGAGGAGUUCAGCUCGUCAAAGAUUUUCGACGUUUUCACGCAAGUCUUCAGCACCGCUUACGUUUUGAACACGGGAUACUGGCCCUUUUUCUCCACCAUCAACGGCCAAUGUUUAUGCGUUUGCGGUCGCUUUGGAGUGCCUUGUAGGCAUAUCAGGAACGGAGGCCACUGGAUCGAUUUGCAACCGAUCGAAUCGGAUCCUAGCGCCGCCAUUUUUUAUCCCAAAAUGUACGGCCCUGUUAUAAUACAGGAUUACGAAGUACUAGUUAAACCGUUAGAUAGCACCGGAGGAUAUCAUAUAAAUAUAAUAUUGAAUGUACAGUAUAAGAAAAUUGAAAAGGGAAAAAUUAAAAGAGAAAAGCUAGGGAAGCCUGUACAAAAAGACGUGACGUCCAAAACUUAUCCUAUUUCAAUAUUUUCAAGGUUUUUCCUGAUGAACCAAUUCUACUCAGCCCUCUUCACUAUCGUCUUCCAACCGAACCCGUUUUUCAACGAAAAUUACGGCACUUUCUUCAGAAAACUGAUCAAUUUACGCGCCCAAGAAUUCUGCGCCUUCCACGGUGAACAACGCCAGAUCUGGUGCAUAACCUACAACCAAAUGCCUUCGACAACGUUCGUCCAUCAUCACGUGAACGUGCCUGUAUAUAAAUUCCCAACGCAGCUGCUGGUCUUCAACACAACUCCUUCCAAGAAUAAGAGCCCUUUAACGAAGAAUAAGAGUGUCCAAACUCACAGUAUCCAAUCCGCUUUUAACAACAAUACUAGUCAGAAUAUUUGGAGUAACUACUGCAUAGAAGAGAGUUCAACUAUUAGCGAAUCUUUGAAGAACUUUGCUUCUAAUUCUUUAUCUUUCGAUAAUUCCGAAACGGAAGAAUAUAUAAUCAUUGAUGAUUCAGAAGAAUUUGAUAAUCAGUGGCCAAAUUUGAGCUACAGCAAAGUGAUCCAACCCAAUCAAUUCAUGAUUGAAUAUAAUUGUAUGCACGCUACUUUACUGGAUAACGAACCUCAAGAUCUGACUAACAAGCAAAGCAGUAAAUACACUUGGUCUCCUAAAACCGAACCAGAUUCUACCACAACCAAUGAUUCUUUAUCGAAGUCCGACCAGGAAUUAUCCAUUAUGGUCCACGAAGAAGUAACGCCAGUGAACUUGAAUUUCUCGAAAGCCGUGUCCAAUGUCGCCAAUCGGUUUGAUGAAAAGAGUGAUAACAAAGAUGAAAAUUGGUUCGAGAAGAAUUUCCCGCCGCUGAAGGGAUUAAAUAUUAGGAAAAUGGCGAAGAGUGAGGUCGAUGAGGAGUUCGAGAUUAUCCAGACGGUUAUCAAGGAUGAUGUGCUGAAGCAGGAAGGGAAUUUGGAUUGGUGGCAUAAGAAUAUUAAGCAAUAAAAUUAUAGUCAGGUAUAUAAUGGAAAAUUGGAGAAUGUUUUCUUUAGGGGCUUGUUAGGAGGUAAAUAUGCUCAGGUGCCGUAUUUUAGUUUUUCUUUUAUAUUUCGAAAAAACUGGUAGUGAACUUUGCAAAAAUUUGGAAAAAAGCUUAUUGGAAUAUAGAGCACAGGUUGUUUGGAUCAAAACAUGGGAAGUAUGGAAAAAGAUGCAAGGCGUUAAAAUUAAUAUAUCUUUUCAUUUUUUGAAAGGUCAAGGAAUAUUUUUAUAUUUAAGUUUACAUUUUGUUACAGGAGGCGACACAUAUAUGCGAUUUCUGAUUAUGAAAUUAGGUCUUAUGUUUUUUACGAAAUUUUUUGUAAUUUUGAUUCAGUAACAUAAUAUUAAUUAAUUACACUGGGAGUGUACUGCUUGGGAUUGUGGGAACUAAUAUUAUUGCACUAAGUAAGGAUACAAAGAUCCUUAUUUGAAUUACACACUUUAAUUAUGUUUAUUUCGGCUCUAUUUUGACCUAACCUUCUUGAAUCAUCUAUAUGUGCAUUCAUUAUCUUUUUUUGCUGUAAUUAAAGUAAAACAAGUCACUUAAGUAAAAGCAUAAUCCUCAUAUUUUGGUUCAAACAACCUGCGUAUACUCUAUAUAUCCCAAUAGUUAUAACUUAUCCUGUAUAACUUUUCUGAGUGUGCUGAAUUCAAGUCUGAACAUUCUCUUUUGGUUUGACUGUAAGUCUUCUACCAUUCUGAUUUGUAUCAGUAUUCCUGCAACCCCUUACGAAAUUUUGAACAAUGACUAGAUUUUUUGUUGACGCAGACUUAAUUUGAAGUCUAUGGAGUCCAAUCUCUAAUGGACAUUGUUAUUUUGAAUUUUUUGGAACAAAAGUUUUUUUUAACUAUAUAUAGGACACUUUCCCUCCUUCUCUUAGCCUAGUAUCUUGGUUCGGCGACUUUUAGUAUUUUUAUCUUCUAACUAAACACUAAAUAAAAGCAUUUUCCCUUCUUCCAUACCCUCCAAUGACUGGAUUAAUAGUAUAUAUCCAUCCUAAAUUUAUUGUUUAUUAUUUAAAUACUUAUAUCACAAUAUAUAACAAAGUAGUUGCAAAUAUUUUUCUUAUUGUCACAUAUUUCGUUCACAAUGAAUUUGAACCAGCUGUCAAAUAUGUCAAGUGCAUAAUUUUUGUAUACUAAAUAUUUAUUUUUAACUAUUAUUACAAUAAAUUAAAAGUAACUAGAUUAUUUUUUUCUGGUUACUACAUAUUUUUGGUUAGAUAAUGCAUUUGAUAUAAGCCUUUAUGGCUCAGAUCUUCGAACGUUUAACUUUGAAUUGCACGAGAUCAAUUCCUGAUAAAAGCAAUAUUUUAUUUAUUUUUUAUUUUAAUAUAUUUAUUAUUAUUUUAUUUAAUAUUAAUCUUUUAUUUUUUGUAAUAUAACCCAUACAGUUAGGC